AUGGAGAAAAUCUUCUGCGCACUACCUUGCACAGAAAGACAGAAGGUGACUUUUGCCACCUUCACCUUCAAAGACGAUGCACAAGAAUGGUGGCUCCUUACCCUGGAAAAGGAAGAUAUUGUGACUUGGGCGAGAUUUAUAGAAGUAUUCUAUGAAAAGUACUUUCUAGAUUCACUACGGGAACAAAAAGCGUCAGAAUUUAUACAUCUAAGGCAAGGAACCAUAACAAUGGCCGAAUAUGAAAGUAAGUUCACACAGCUGGCCCGGUUCGCGACAUAUGUCAUUCCCACCGAAGCUCGAAAAGCCAGGAAAUUUGAAGCAAGGUUGGAUCCAGAAAUUAAAAACAUGCUGGAGGUUCUGAAACUACCAACCUAUGCGGCGGUGGUAGAUCGAGCAUACAUUGCGGAAAAAGGAAUUAAAGCCUUGCGAUUUGGGGAGCCAAGUCAGAGGAAGCGAUUUUGGGAAAGAGAUAACAGAAUGCCCGGUGUCGCACCUCCCAAGAGAAUAAAUACGAGCACAACCAGUUCAACCGGUCCAAGCAAUCAAAGUCUUGCAAACCCUAAAGGAGGCAUCACUCCAGCUUGCUCUACCUGUGGACGGACUCAUUGGGGACCAUGCCGUCAAGAUACAGGAACAUGCUUUAGAUGUGGGCAAGUUGGCCAUUGGCUGAGAAAUUGUCCAACACUCGUCCGCCCCUUUGAACCAGUCCGAAAACCCGCAGUACCUGAAGGAGCGAGAAAGGACUAA